AUGUUUGUCAUGUGCAGAAGGCAAGCAUCAUCGGACAAGUUUUCCAUCAGAAGGGUCAAGGUCAUCAAAAGUAAUACAGAUAAUCCAUUCAGACAUGAUUUCACUCGGAAGGUAUUUGUUUACUUUAUGAAGACGAAAGAUGCUGUGUUGAACUGUUUUCGUGAAUUCAAAGCCGAAGUCGAAAACCAACAAGAAUCCAGAAUUAAAAUUUUACGAAUAGACAAUGGUACAGAAUUCAUAAACAAAGCUAUGCAACUAGAGUUGAAGAAGUCUGGUAUUGUUCAUCAAACAACCGUUCCCUUACCUCCGGAACAGAACGGUUUGGCAGAAAGAAUGAACAGAACUCUUAUAGAGAAGGCUCGAGCUAUGUUCCUACAAAAGAAAGAUGUUUUCAUCAGCCGUGAUGUUGUAUUUCACGAGGAUAACUUUCACUACAAAAUUCAAAAUGAAAACACCAAUGAAGUUCCAAAGUAUACAGCUGUAGUGGGGGUACAUCCAAUAGAGAAACAAGAAAAUCUUGUCAUAGAAAACGACUACGAGUCAUGUUCAUCAAAUCCAGAAUUUGAAGAGGGGGAUAACGAAGAAGAUCCAUCAGUGGCAACGUCGUCAUCAGAAACUCACGAUCCUGUUUCAACGUUGAGCGUGCAAUUUGAUGUUGGUAGUCAGCAGAUAGAUGAAGAUAAUCCAGACCUACCAGAAGCUGGAGAAUCUGCUCUCUCACUCCGAAGCGAAAGAAUUUUAAAAUUACCAAGAGUAGUUUACAAUGCUGAGACUGUUAACAUCUUGGAAGAACUCGAAGACAUGGAAGAUAUGUUAUCCAGAGAUGACAAAGAAAAAUGGAAAGAAGCGAUGCAGAGUGAGAUGAAAUCAUUUGAAGAAAAUGAUACCUGGAAAUGUGUCGACAAGCCUGCUGGAGCCAACAUUAUCAAGACGAAAUGGGUAUUCAAGAAGAAGCUAGAUGAGAUGGAUAAUGUACGAUACUAG